UGUUUUUCCUUCCUCGCACUUUCCAUCGGCGUGAAGCCUAUCCUUUGCAUUUGGAGGUCCCAAUCGAUACACGACUAUAGAUCAAGUAAAGCAAAGCGGCUUGAUUGUUUGCAAACCAUAGGAACAUACGAAUAACGACCGCAUUGUGACAUGCAGUAUUGCCAAAUAUGUAGCUGUGACUACGUGACUGUACUCUAUUUCUAACCCUAACCUAGUGCUCUCUGCGCAUUCUCUAUUGCUGAACAUGGUCCAGAGUCCGUACUACGAGCACCGGUAAAGGUUAACUUCCAAAGUCUAAACUCUUAUCACCAUGGCCGCUCCAACGAUAUCCGCCGCUCAGGCAGUAGGCGAAUACCUGCAGUCUCCGGAUGACCUCCUGAAGAUUGUAGCGUUCAGGAAGAAACUAGAGAAGGAGAAAUCAUCUAUUGAUGCACGCCUCAAAAGCGGGGUCAAAGAUCAACUCGACGCUACUCGAGACGGGCUCCGUAAACUGUUUGGCACUCGAAGCAAUGUCCAGACUAUCAAGGACGAGCUGGAGACUGUCGAUCGUUUAUGCAGCGAUCCUCAGAAUGUCGUUUCCACCUUUGACCAGAUUAGUAGGGUUUCAAUGGUGCACCGAAACUUUGUCCAAACGGAGGAGAUGGUCAACAAUCUCUUGGAUAUGAGUUCGAAGCUUGACAUGUUGGAGGAUAUGUUGGCUAGAGAUUCCGAAGAUAUCCUGGGACCUGCGCCGAACAUUCUGCGCAUUCAUUACCAGCUUAACAAACUGGAGGCCUUCCGUAAUCAAACCAUACACCAAGCCAAGAGGUCUUCUGCAGACGUUAGGCGCACCCUGACACAGUGGUUCGAUCGCCUCAACAAGAUAAUCUCGGCGUUUGAUGAAUAUGUGCUUGCCAUAGCUCAAAACAUUCUUCCAAUUGUCCGCGCAGGAUACCCGGACGUGAUUGUCAAGCUCAUGAAGAUCGUCGAGAUUGAGGGUCGUGAGGAUGAAAAGGCAAUUGCUAUGAAACUAGUAAAGAAGGCCGCGAAACUGGACGUUGCGGCCAAGUUCCAAUCUAUGCAAGCCAAUGCGCGGAUCAUCAAGCACUACCGCUCCAAGGUGCAAAAAUGCAUUAUUGAAUCCAUCAAGGAGAAGUUUGAAGCUGCGUAUGAACGCGAAGGUCGUAACCCCGCAGCUUUCCUCGAGAACUCCCUAUGGAUAUAUCAAGAUAUCAUGCGAAUCGAAGAAGACGUCGUUCCUUGUUUCCCUCCCUCGUAUGAAAUCUACAACCUUUACGUCCGCGAGUAUCACCGGGCCCUAAACGAUACGAUCACCAAGAUUAUGGCAGACGAACCAGAAGCCAGCGUAUUAUUGACGUUGCAUCAAUGGGUCAAGGAUUACAGAAAGAACAUGAAGGAUCUGAACGUCCCUCCUGAACUUCUAGAACCUCCGCUAUUAGAAGGCAACGAACAGAGCCUCAUUGAGGACUAUCUCAAGCUCAUCAUCAAGAAACUCGACGAAUGGACUGCCAACCUCAUGAAGACCGAAGUUGAGGCAUUCACCGCCCGUGAGGAGCCUCCGGAAAUCGAUAGCGAUGGAUUAUACGGCAUGCAAGGUGCCAUCAUCCUUUUCCAAAUGGUCAACCAACAGGUAGACUUGGCGAUGGAGAGCAAUCAAGGUUUGAUUCUCUCACGGGUGAUCGAAGAAGUGAACCGAGUUAUGCGUGGUGUUCAGGAUCGGUGGACCAAACUCGUCGACACGGAAUACAAGAAGCAAAUCGAGAAACCAGAGGAAGCUGCCGGUGGUUUGGUAGAGUACUGCAUUGCCCUUGCGAACGACCAGAUCAAGUCUGCGGAAUUCGCAGAAACUCUUUCCGGUCGUGUUGAGCCUUUGGUGUCAGACAAGUAUAGAGCCACGAUUCACGAUCGUCUGAACGAUGCUAUCGACGGCUGUCUCGACGUCGCCAAGAAAUGCACGCAGACUCUCAUCGACAUCAUCUUCAAUGACUUGAAGCCUGCCACAAAACAACUCUUCCAGCCUUCAUGGUACGAGGGCAUCAUGUUGCAAAUUGUGGAAACAAUCCGCGAUUACACAACUGAUUUUCAAGCCUAUCUUCACCAAGCGAUGUUCGAUUCACUCCUAGAAGAUUUACUAGAUACCUUCCUCGUCACAUACAUCACCGCCUUGGCGAACGCCCCGAAGUUGAAGAUCCCCGCCGCGGCCCAACGUAUCAAAGAGGAUAUCACAGAGGCGUACAAAUUUUUCGGCACUUACAAGAAGACGAAGGAACUGGAGCCUCGAUUCGAAGUUUUGGAGAUGAUAUUAUCUCUCUUAGAGGCUUCGAAGAGUUUGGUCUUCCUCUCAUAUUGGUCGUUCGCGAAGGUGCAUGGUCCCAACGUGGCUUUCGUCGAGGCCUUGAUGAAGGCAAGGGAUGACCUCGAUCGUUCAGCCGUGAGUGAAGUGAUGGAGAGUGUGAAGCGAAAGGUGAAAGAAGAAAACCUCACAGAUCCACCAGAACCAACCAUCAUGAAGAAGAUCGCCAUCCAAGGCACGUUCUCUCGACUUCUUGCACGGACGUCAUAGGUAGGUUGUCAAUGUCCCUUACGUCUUGUUCUCAAUCAUUGGUUCUUCCAUUGGACUCUACAUCUUUGGUUCUCUACGGUACACAAGGACUUCUGUCUUCUUAUAUUCGCACACCUCGAUAUACCCUCUUAAUCUAUUGAUUUAUUAUAUCUUCUCUUUCGCUUCCCGAGGAUGCAUAGUCGACCUGUCUGGAAGGGAAGUUGCAAGAGCGUCGAUCUUUUUGAACUGCCAUGGGAACCUGGAAGGGUAGAGGAAGGGCCGCAAGUCAAAUCCUGAAAAGCAUGAAGUCAGCCAUCAAUUCGACGAGACAGAUGUUAUACGACGCAUACUGUUGUCGUCCGGGCUGUAUUGUUCCUAGGAACCGAUCAAGGUGUCAAUGUUGUCAUCUUAUGCCUAUUCCUGGCAUACUCGAAGAAGAAAAGCUUGACUUUCUCCGCCACCUAUUCAUCCAUUUUAGAACACUCAUGUCCAAACUGGCAUAAAGACACGAUUACUCACUUGUGUCGGCGAUAAGAACGAGCCCCAUUCAUGUACGAGCUUCGUGAACAUGCUGUAAGGUCCGCAUUUCUCCACCUUACGUAGUCUACCGAAUAUUGAGAGUUCGUCAUAGGUC